AUGCCGCCGCAACACGUCGCCGUCAUAGGCGGUGGCUUGACCGGCCUCUCAGCAGCUUACAGACUCGCCCCCAAGGCGAGGGUUACGCUGCUUGAAGCUUCGAACCGUGUCGGCGGGUGGGUCGGCAGCCCCAAGCAACACAUCAAGUUCACCACGCCGUCUGGAGAGCAGGUGGAGGGCGAUGUGACUCUCGAAAGCGGACCGCGCAGUAUCCGACCAAAGGGACUGAGUGCUGCCAGCAUGCUCAAGCUUACAAGCCCCGCUGCGCGAAACCGCUUCAUCAUGAACAAUGCGACUGGCAAGCUCAUGGCUGCACCUACGUCACCCCUGGCGCUGCUGUCACCGAAAACGCCAGCUCCGAUCCGCGAACUGCUGCUUGGUGUCAUGAAGGAGCCCUUCCGACGCAAUUCGCCCGCGUCUGCUGACGACGAGAGCGUGCACUCAUUCUUCCUCCGCCGCUUCGGACCGAAGGUCGCCGCAACAGCAAGUGCUUUCGUGCAUGGUAUCUACGCCGCGGACCCGAACACGCUCAGUGUACGAAGUGCAUUCCAAAUGCUUUGGGACUACGAGCGUGGCAGCGGCAGCUUAGUCAUGGGCAUGCUUAAAGGUGACAAAGCCGGAAAGGCCCGGGAACUGGAGGCAUGGAAGGAGUGCGGGGCGUGGGGUGAGAGGAGGAAGAACUGGGCUAUGUACGCCCUUCGCGGCGGAAUGUCUGAGUUGACGGACCGGCUGGCUCAGGUGUGUCAGGAGCGAGGUGUGGAGAUCGCCUCCGGUACACGAGUCGAGAGGAUAACCCCGAUCAACACCUCCAUCGGUUCUAUCGAUGCCGACCACGUUAUUGCUGCGGUUACUCCUCGGCACCUUAGCUCGAUUGCAUCGUCACCGCUGCCGCAUCUCAUCGCGAACCGGAGCACGACUGUCGGAGUCGUGAACGUUGUCUUCCCUCUGCCACCUUCCCAAGUGCACCCGGACGGUUUCGGCUUCCUGAUUCCUGCGUCGGACGCCAAUCGCGCGGGUGUGCUCGGCGUCAUCUUCGACAGCACAGCUCUCCCCGGCACUGAGGUUCCAGAGCUUGAGGGCAAGAUCACAAAGGUCACUGCGAUGAUGGGCGGACCGUAUUGGUCCUCGUACAAAACUGGCGGCUCAGUCGCCCCGAUACCAUCUAAGGAGGAACUCAGCGAGAUCGCUGUGAACUACUUGCGGACUGUCUUCCCUCACCUCGCCAGUGUCGAUCCUAUUCUGACAAAAGCCAACCUUCAGGUCGACUGCAUCCCCACAUAUGCUCCGGGACACGGCUCUAGGAUGCGGGAGCUCCACGAGGCAAUCCAGAAUGGGCCAUGGCAGGACAAGCUGAGUGUGGGAGGAAGCGGAUAUGGGGGCGUCAGUGUGAACGAUUGCGUCUACUCUGGUGAGAUUCUCGCCGACGCCGUGGGAGAGAAGACGGGACUGGAGCGCUGGAAGGACUGGAACUAG